GCUCUCAUAAUAACUGUUCAAAGCCCACAAAGAUGGAUAGUCGGAUUUUCAAAAUGUUUUCCAUCAGUGGUACAGAAUCUUUUUUGAAAGUACCACUGGAAUGAUAAGAACACUCUUGAGAAUCCUUUCUUCCAUCAGAGUCUGUAAACGAGAUAAGACGCCGAAACACGAGAUUACGGACUUGGGCAAUUUACAAAUUCACUCUUUACUCUCAUAGCACAUAAGUAUGGAUAAUAUAAUGUUUCUUGUGAGUGCCUAUGGACCAUUAAUAAUAUGUAUUUGGACUUGAACUCCAUUCACCCAAUAGUGUCGCUAUCAUUUUUACUAACAACCAUGUCCUUAGUUUUAUUAUAAUGACUUAUAUGAAAUACCUAUUAUCAGUCACUAGAAACGCUGUUAUCGACGUCAUUACAAUAACAAACCCCUUCUGCUCCCUCCGUCACUCCCUCUUUCCAACUCAUACGACAUCCGGAGAGAACACAUCCUGUCCAACACUGCCUCCGACUCAGGGGACCAGUGCAGCGGAGACACGACUGCUUCAUGGACCUGAGUGCCUCGUCCAGAGCUCUUUCCUCGCCCCAGCCAGCCAGCUUGGACUGAACAAAAUCCUCUCUCUCCUGUGACUAUAAAAGGCCCAAGCGAGGACAAUGGAGGAGGAGCUGCUGUGUGGGGUUUGUCGUGACAGGUACAAGGCGGGGAAGAGGGAGCCAGUGGUGCUGCCCUCGUGUGGUCACGCCUUCUGCCGGAACUGCUUGGCCAAACUAGAAAAGGACAGUGCUGAAUUGAUGAGCUGCUUCUCGUGUCCCACCUGCAGAGCGCCUCACGAGAACCCGCCUGUGAGCUCUCUCCCUCCAGUAUUCGCUCUUCUAAACCUGGCGGAGAGCUGCGGGAAGGCCCAACCUCAGACAGAGGACGAGAGGAAGUGUGAGUUCCAUGGUUCCUCAAUGGACUUUUGGUGCUCCGAGUGCCACGUGGUGCUGUGUGGCCACUGCCUGCUGGAGGGACACGUGAAAGAGGGGCAUGACGUGCAGGCAACGCAGGACUUUGUAAACAACCAGCGGCAUCACUUACAAGUGACGGGAGCGAGGCUGAAGUGGGAGAUGGAUCAGAGACAGCGGAAACUGCUCAGGGAGAUGGCUGGACUGGUGACUCGCCUGGUCUGUAUCGCCCACCAAUCUCAAGUCUUACACGACCUAGGUAACAGACUGGCCAGGAUACAGGAGGAGGCCGCCCAGACCACCACCAUUGAGGGAAUGGUGCUGGCCGUUACAAUGAUGGGAAGCCUUGAGUCUGAGAUGAGAGUCACUCUGUCAAAGGAAGCCUCCCAAGCAAAACAAAUGCUUCUCAGAUGCAGAUCCUGUACCGAGGCCACCAAAUCCUGCCCGGCAGCGGUGCCUCGGCAGAAAUCUGUUUCUGAGUCCAACUGGGAGGAGGCAGCCGUGAAAACACACACUGGUCAGGAGGACUCCGGGGUGACCAAUGAUCCGCCGACUGUGGGCGGCGAGGAGACCGUGCUGGCGGAGACAAACAUUUCCCUCUGUCAAGAAGAAGUUGCAUCGGAGAGCGGUCUCAGUGAGGACGGGUACUACGGCCUGUCUGGUGAGGACAAUGAAGGGGAGAUACUAGAGGAGCUGCCAGUGACGUGUAAGGAGUGGACGUGCCCUGUGCAGUGCAGGGUGACGGUGUGCGACGGACGGAAGGGCAGGCUGAGCUGGGAGAAUGGCCGCGUGCACGCCUACGCCCUGACCAGCGAGGACGUGGCCAGCCACCUCCACCUGCAGUUGCCGUUCCUGAGGUCCCUGAGACUCGACACUCAGCCCGAAGUGUUCCUGGAUGUGGGCACGGAGGAACAUCUCUUGGGCCGCGUAUACAUCAAGCUGUGGAGGCACCUGCGCCGCGCCCACCUCUUCCUCAGCCUUUGCAUGGGCACCUACGGGCCUUCAUACCGCGGCAGCAAGUUCCACGGGGUCGCCAAGAAGGGCAGCAUGGGGGAGACGCUGGCCGGGGGCAGGUACCUCACAGAUAACAGAGGCGCCAGCGUGCAGAGCCUGGUGGAGGGACUGGAGUGGGAAGGCCAGUACAUGCGAAAGAAGAUGGCCGGGUUGGUGGUGGCCGCCAGGGCGGCCACUCCAGAACAGGACGCUUUGUUUCACAUCUGCACGCGAGAUGACCCUGGCCGCAAGUUUGCCUGUGCCUUCGGGGAGGUGAGCUCGGGCAUGGAGGUGGUGCACUCGGCAGUGGCUCUCAUCCCAUCGCGCAGCGUCAAGAUCAUCGACUGUGGACUCGUUCUGCCUCGUCUGUCACGUGCAAGGGGCAGCAGUGACAGUCAACCUUGAGUACAAUGUGUGAUGAACCAGUAAAUAGUUAACAGAACAUACCUUGGUACAAGCUGAGGGAACCUGAGUAUAACAUACGCAAAUUGGCCUUUUUUUUCAGCCCUUUUGUUGCUCAACACCAGAGUGCCCUCUUACUACAUGAAGAAAGAGCACUAUCCGAUACUGAUUUAUUCAUCGAUGUGCUUUGUAUUGACAGAUGGGACACCUUGUUUGAAAGUAACAUCAGUGUAUGAAACAUCGUAUUCAUUAAUGCGAUUGUAGUUAAAAGUCUGCUUGCUAACUAUGCUAAAACACUGUACUAACUAAUUACUACUAACUGCAUGUUGUUUUUUCUUGGUGUUAACUAUGGAGUGCAAGUAGUAAAGAUUGUAAGUAUGAGAGAAAAGGUUGACAAGAUGGCGCUUGCAAGUGUGCCAACGUUCAAGGUGUGAUGACAUACCUGAGAACGUCACAAAGGCAGGAAGAAGGCUAGUGAAAUGGUGAAAGCAAAGGUCAGUGGGUGUAAAUGAGACAAGGACACAGACUUGAGGGGUGUGUAGUUUGAGGAGCGCUAUGCCAGACCAUGGUGAGUGGAGGUGUAUCUGUGGAAAGGUUGACAACUGUGAUAAUUGUUCUCUUGUGUAGACUGAAGUCCCAGUUACGGAAGAGAAUGUAAGAACCAUAGAGUGAUGAACAUGUGGAGUGUAACAGAUGAGAAGUGUGACAGAACAGUGCCUGUCAAUUAGACAACAAAGUAUGGAGAGUUUCAGAAUGUUGUGGAAUGCAUGGAUGGAAUGGACCACAAGACAAAUGAAGCAGGGGUUGUUUAUGAUUAUGAAAUAACAUAAAAGAUAUUUGUCCGCAUUAUA